AUGGCGAAAACAUCCGAAACAGGCGAAGAUCAGCGAGUUUCGCCAACGGGCGAAAAGCUCCUUCCGGUCACCACCCGCGCGGUUACCCCCCGGGCCGCCUCCGCGGAUCCGUGGGGGCUGCUGCGGUGGGGAAAGUACUGCGGGAGCGGCGGGGGGGAUUUAUUGCGCGCCGCGUUUCACAUACUCCCUUUCGCGCUACUCCUGGCUUUAUUCGCCGUCGCCUCGACUUUCGUCUUAGGCGGGUUUUCGCAACAACCGUUUCGCCAAAGCCUCAUAGUUCCGCUGUCCGUGUCGAAAAUGUCGUCACCUGCUACCACCUCCUCCUCCGCCGCCGCCGCCGCCUCCGCCGGAACUCUCGCCGCGCCGUCAGAGGGCGCUUCCAGCAAAUUUUCAGGUGAAGAGGGGUCCGUGUUUGGCGGAUUCAGGGAGUCCGCGGAAGCGGAGCCUGCGGAGGUUUCCGCGCGGAAAUCGGAGGAGGAAAAGUCCGGAUCUCUAAAAUCAGACGAGAGCGUAGCGGAUGUGACUGUAAGGAAGGAGAAGGCGAAAGGUACGGGCAAACCCGGAGGAAAGGGGAAGUCUGGGAAAAUAAAGGAGAAAAGACGCCCAGGUGACUCAAACGAAGACGGGAUUUCGGAAUCUACGGUGGUUGGAGUGACCCCGAUAGUGGAACCGUCGAUUGAGUUGCCUCCGGUACAGUCAAACAAGAGUGAAUCUGAUAACGGGUCGGCUUUUGAGGCGUCUGUUCUGGAGGCUAUUUUCGAGGCGCCUCAAAACGAGGGCGAUCCUAUGAACGCGCCCGGCGGUGCGGGCCUGGUGGUGACUGAAGCGAGUCGGAAUGAGGCUGCUGACGUGGCACGUGAGAAUACGGCCAAUCAGGAGGAUGAGGGAGGAGAGGCUGUGGCGGUUGGGGAGGGUCAGGAACUGCGUGGCGGUGACGUGGAGGCUGCAUCGACGGUCGAGAAGACACAACAGGAGGAGGCAUCAACGGAGGAGGGGGAAGCAUCGGCGGAGGGGGAAGCAUCGGCGGAGGGGGAAGCAUCGGCGGAGGGGGAAGCAUCGGCGGAGGGAGAAGCAUCGGCGGAGGCGGAAGCAUCCGGAGAGGGGGAGGCAUCGGCGGGUGCGGCGGGAGAGGAACAGGCGGAGACCACGAAGGAGGGGGCGGAUGCCCAUGCAAAGAGCGCGUUUGUCGCUGUAACGGAGGGCGAUUUUCCUUCGCGCCUCGGCGUCCUCUGCGCCGCCCCGUCAGUUGCGGCGGUUCUCGCGGCGAGAAACGCGGAGCAGCAGGAACAGGCCGGGCAGGCGCGAGCAAUGGCGGUGGUCUGGAAAGGCGGGGACGAUCUUUUCGGCGGGCUGCCCGGAAAAGAAGAGAUCCGGAAAUUGUUGGCGGGAGCACCGAGGAGAGGCGGUGGGGAUAAGGAGAAUCAGACAGAGCAGCAGCAGAAGCAGCAGAAACAGCAAGAGGAGAAGCAGGAGGAGAAACAGGGAGCGGUGGAUUCAUGGCCUGAGCUGAGGCUGAGCGACGAUGAGACGGAAGGCAGAGAAGGCAAGGUGGAGAUUAAGGUGUCAGUGCGGCCGUGCAGGAACGGUAUUAUAAACGAACCCGCGGGCACCAUCAGGCUGUGGGUGCGAGACGACCUCGCAAUGACAGUGGCUGGCAGCAGGAGCUUAGACCUGACCCCUGCCGAGUCGUGCAGUGUAAGAGCCCUCGAAACGGCCUGCCUGGGCGGGGUGCGGCCGUCAGCAGGCGUGGUGGCCAUCAUGCGCGCCCACUCCCCCUCCGCCCUCUCCGCCCUCCCCCGCUCCUCCGCCGUUUACCUUGAGAAGGGGGCAGCUGCGCCUGGGGGGAACACGUGCGGGGGGUGCAGGGGGGACUCACUGAGGGAUUGCACUGUACACCCGAGCGUGUGUGACUCGCGCGCCCCCACGCCCUUCAUUAACCGCCGCUUCCUGCAGCAAUUCCUAGUGGACGAGCAACUCAAGACAGUGUACUGCUUUGUGCCCAAGGCGGGGUGCACGGGAUGGAAGGUGUGGUUCCGGCAGCAGCAAAACCGUCCCAACGCUACUGACGCGUGGAUCGCACACGACCCGAAGCACUCGGGGCUGAAGCUGCUGGCAUUCGACAUGCAGGAGAGAGAGGUGAUCCGGUUCCUGACCCGUCCGGACUACUUCAAGUUCACAUUCGUGCGUAACCCAUACACGCGGUUACCAUCGGCGUAUCUCAACAAGCACGUGGGAGGAGGGCCCCCUCACGACCGCGCGUACUGGAACGCCCGCUUCUUCCACUCCAUCGCUCCGUACCGCCAGCUCGUGGAUCGGAAUAACGGGUCGGACUUGUUUGACUUUCCUGACUUUGUGGAGCUGACGUGGCACAUGGAGAGGAACAAGCGGUGUAUCAUGGACCCGCAUAUCAUGCCAGAGGCUGACGUGUGCGAGUUGCAUCGGAUCAAGUACGACUUUGUAGGCCGGUUUGAGAAUUACGAGCAUGACGUGGCAGAGGUUCUCAAUCGGUUCGGCAAGGACGCUAACGAUGCGUUCCAUAUUGGUCGAGAAGUACACCCAACCGACGCUUCUGACAAGACCGUUAAACUGUAUAACAAGAAAGCAUUGGCACUCGUGGCGAGCAUGUACAAGUCCGAUUUGGAUGUGCCGUUGAAUGGAAUACAUUAUGAUGCACCUGCAAACCUGAAGGCUGCAUACCUAGAUUAG